CCGCUGGCCCUGGCUGGCCCCUCGGGGAAUGACACGAAACAUCACCUGAAGAGCCAGCCCCGCCUGCGCCUCCUCAUGGAUUCGUCAAAUGUGACCUCGUUUGCUGCCGAGUCAUCUUCGAAUGUCUCCAGCGGCUGGAACGCCUCCACGAGGCCUCUGGCCCAGAAAGUCCCCAUGGUGCACUGGGUCAUCCUGAGCAUCUCCCCGCUGGGGUUUGUGGAGAACGGAUUCCUCCUCUGGUUCCUCUGCUUCCGCAUGAAGAGAAACCCCUUCACGGUGUACAUCACCCACCUGUCUAUUGCAGACAUCUCAUUGCUCUUUUGUAUCUUCAUUCUGUCUGUUGACUAUGUUCUUGACCAUGAGCUCUCUUCUGGCUAUUACUACACCAUUGUCACGCUAUCGGUUACUUUUCUGUUUGGCUACAACACUGGCCUCUACUUGCUGACAGCCAUUAGUGUGGAGAGGUGUCUGUCAGUCCUGUACCCCAUCUGGUAUCGGUGCCAGCGCCCCAAGCACCAGUCAGGACUGGUCUGUGCACUCCUGUGGGCACUGUCAUGCUUAGUGACUGCCAUGGAAUACGCCAUGUGCAUCGACAGCGAGGGACAGGCCCAUCGGCAAAGCAAAUGCCGGGCGGUGCUCAUCUUCAUCGCCUUCCUCAGCUUCUUGGUCUUCACUCCCCUCAUGGUGGUGUCCAGCACCAUUGUGGUCAUUAAAAUCCGACAGAAUACCUGGACUGCCCACUCCUCCAAGCUGUACCUGGUCAUCCUGGUCACCGUCAUCGUAUUCCUCAUUUUUGCCAUGCCCAUGAGGCUGCUUUACCUGCUCUACUAUGAGUAUUGGUCAAGGUUUGGGAACCUGCACCAAUUUUCGCUUCUCUUCUCCACCAUCAAUAGCAGUGCUAACCCUUUUAUCUACUUCUUUGUGGGCAGCAGUAAGAAGAAGCGGUUCAAGGAGUCCUUAAACGUGGUUCUCACACGGGCUUUCAAGGAUGAAAUACAACCAGCGCAGAAGAAUGAUGCCGGUAAUACCACCACCGUUGAGACGGUCGUCUGAGGGCUCUGGAGGACAAUCACCGGCCAUAGGGGC